UUAUCCAACAUGGGAGCUCGCAUCGGGAGGAUGGUGCGGAACUUUAACCUGGAGAACCGCACGUUCCGAGAGAUUUCCAAGGAGAAGCCGACGGCGGCGCCUCGCCACGCCGCCGAGGCGCCGCCGCCCGCCGUCAUGUCCGAGGUGAAGCAGAAGAACGAGCCGCUGCUGGGGCUCCUCAGGUCCGUGUACGUGGAGUCCACGGACCCGGCAGCCGCCGAGACAGAGGCGUCGGCGCAGGAGCCCGGGGUCCAGGCCGUGGAGCGGAGGCCCCUCAAGUACAACUUCCCCGGGCCAAUGAUGGGCCUGACGGAGCUCACAGACGUCCCCAAGGGCAAGCUGACCGUGGCCGAGGCCCUGAAGGCCCUGGGCGGCCACCACCACCAGCCCCACACCUGGACGCCGGAGAAGAUCGCACAGGAAUACUCUCUGGACUUGAAGGACACCCAAGCUGCUCUCAAAUAUUUCAUCCCUUUCAGGGUCGAGAUCAUACCACCCAAGUCUAAAACAGCCAAGCAGAUAACGGACUCUUAGGGCCGUCUUCCUCGUGACUGUAGCCAAACGGAGAAACUAUUACCUCAUUUAUUUAUGUGCAUAGGUGGGAGGUUUUCAGUGAGCAGCGUGGGGUUCAUGCUCAAAUAACAGAUCAAAACAUGCAUCACUAUCUUAUUACCCUGUUAGUUGUUUCCCAGAUUAAAACAUAAUUCAUAAUAUUUCAUCUGGAUCGGGGGUCGGCAACCCGCGGCUCUAGAGCCACUAGGGCGGCUCUAGAGCCACUAGGGCGGCUCUAGAGCUCCUGGAGCUUUUUCAAAAAUGUCCUUUUUUUCUUCUUUUUUUUCCUUUUUUCUUCUUUUUUUUCCUUUUUUCUCUUUUUUUCUUCCUUUUUCCUUUCCUUUUUAAUCUCGACAUUUUGACUUUUUUCUUGACAUUUCGACUUUUUUCUCGAGAUUGUACUUCAACAUUAAUCUCAACAUUUCGACUUUUUUCUCAACUUUUCGACUUUUUUCUCAAGAUUGUACUUUAACAUUAAUUUUGACAUUUCGACUUUUUUCUCGAAAUUUCAACUUUUUUCUCGAAAUUUCGACUGUUUUCUCGAAGUGCAUCAUGAAAAAAAAAAUAUCUUCCCCCAGUUAUAACUAAUAUGGAUACAUGCAUGUGUUUCCUUCAUUCUAAGGCUUAUACAAGACUUUUCAUUUUUUGCGGCUCCAGACAUAUUUGUUUUUUGUGUUUUUGGUCCAAUAUGGCUCUUUCAACAUUUUGGGUUGCCGACCGCUGAUCUGGAUCCAUCCAUCCAUCCAUCUUCUGUGUGUCCAGGUCUGCCCCGGUUAACCUGGAAGUUAAGGAAAAUGAAGUCAGUAGUCCAAAAGACAAGGAAUCAGGGAAACCUUUUAGGGAACAGCUAAGAAAAUGUACCUAUUUGUGUUUGUUCUGAGUCCUGAUCCCACCCCGAGGUGCCACCUCUUCUUCUUCUCCUCCGUGUAAUACUGUACUAUUUGAAGGUGGAAAAAACGGCUGUUCAGGUUUCUGACUGAAUGAACUUAGAAAGGUGCUAACUUACAAACUUGUAAAAUCAGUUUUUACAAACUCAGAAUUUCUAACUUUGCAAACAUGCAAACUUGUUACUUGAACUUGCAAAAUUCUGAGUUUUUUCACACCCUUGGAAACUCUGACUUCAGCUCAAAAAUCAUGAACUUCUUCCUAGACUUGCAGAUCUGCCAGAAAGUCCCUCCAUAUCACAACGAAGCGUUUCUAGCUGCAGCACAGGGUGUUCCCUCAAGGCUCCGGUCAGAGGAAAGCGUGGAAGGAACCUGGAGCCGGAGGACUGCCGUGUUUCAGGCCGUCUUAACUCUCCGUAUCUCUGUGCACCGGAAGACCUACUUCUGUGGGAUCUAGAAAGUCAUUUUUCCCCUUCUCUCAGUUGAAUCGUCCUGGGGAUAGUUUUUUUUUUUUUUUCUUCCUUUCGGUUUCUCUUCCACCGUCGGGCCGUGAGGCGUUUCAGUAGCAGGAGGCAGACGGCUGUUCUGAUCCAUGAUCCCACAUAGUCCAGGGGCCAGAGCCCAAAAUCUCACUGGUCAGUACCACUCAAGGUGACCAAACUUGCUUAUAAUUUUUUUAAAUAUCUAUGUCUGUAUAUGAUAUUCUGGUAUAAAACCUUCCUGAGUGGCAGCUGGAUCAGAGUUAUCAGCUCAUGAAGUUAAAACCCCCUUCAGAAAAUGACAUUUUAGAUGCUGCUGCAUAUCCUGGUUUAGACUCAUGUACAGGAAAUCUGUCAAUGUUUCACAAUAUUGUCUUUGGUAUCAUUUUAAAGGGGACCUUUAAAGCAUUCAUUCAAGCUAAGAUGUGAUACAUUUCCUGAAUCCUUAUGGUCCUGUGAGUAUUCCAGUUUCUGUAUUUUGUGUCUCUGUUGUUCCUAGAUGACACAGGCCUAAAAUAUAGUAUAUCAUUUAGGCGAUAAUCGUGUAAAAAUGUGAGUUUAAAGAGCUGCAGUGACGUCUAUGUUGGUCAGAAAGAUUCACAUCUUAGCUUGAAUGAAUGCUUAAAAUGAUACCAAAGACAAUAUAGUGAAACAUUAACAGAUUUCCUGCACAUGAGUCUAAACCAGGAUAUGCAGCAGCAUCUAAAAUGUAAUUUUCUGAACUUCAUGAACUGAUAACUAUGAUCCAGCUGCCACUCAGGAAGGGUUAUCAUAGCAAAAUAUCAUUUACAGACAUAGAUAUUUUCAAAAAUAAUAAGCAAGUUUGGUCACCUUGAGUGGUGCUGAUAUCUGGCCUGGAACAUGGACUAACAGGCCAGGUGGUCGUCUUUACGUCAAGCUUCCUGCAAACUCCUCCUGGACUUGGUUUGGAGACGCGUGCACUGAAAGCUCCAGCGUUUUACGCUUUAUGCCGCUUUACAUUUUCACUCUAAAUGUUUGGUUGUUUUUUUUAAAUGUACUCAAACUGUGACAGUAAGAGUUCUGCAGGUUGAUUAGUGUCAUGCUCUUGAGUUCAGUUUGAUUCAUGCUCCAGGGAGGAGACGAAGUAUUCAUGUAUGGAAUGAUGUCUGUGAAGUUCCUUCUUAUUUCUGCGUAACGCACACAGAUCAUUAAUAAGUGAAAGCAAACAGUGAAAUACGUGUUUAUAUCCACGGAGAAAUAUUUAAGUAACUCCGCUGUCUGAGGACUCGGGUGAUUCAGCUUUUCUCUGCAGGUCACAUGGUUUAUGUUUGAUUGAAUGCUCUUGUGGCGGAAUUAAAGGGGGACCAAGUUCAGGGAUGUGUCUGAGCUGUGGGGAACGUGUUCACUUGGCUGCAAAUACGCACACAUUGUUGAAAUAAACUGAUC